GUGGCCAGCGCCAUCGGCUGCCCUACGUCCAUCUGACCGCCCUCGAUGCUGCUCUGGGCUUGCGCGACCUCAGAUUGGACAGCGCAGAGGCCAGCAUCCAGGCCCUGCAAGUCGCGGGGCCCUUCGCCAGCGCCGCCGACCUGGAUUCUCUGGAAACCCGCCUGCAGAGCGCCAUCGACGCCGUGCUCAGAACGUUCGAGCUGCUGGUGACGCCCAGCACCCUGCGUCGGCUGCACGUCACGGCUCCGCUGAGCAUCAGCCUGCAGAACGAGGACCUGGCCCUGAGCAUCGCCUGCGACAGCUACAGCACAGCCGAGGCUGACGUUGCGAUUGCGGCCGCCAUCGCCGCAGCGCUGGCGCCCUACGAAACGGCCGCCCAGCGAGAUGCGGCCAUCGCGGCGGCCUUGGCAGCCUUCAGCAACACUGCUGAAGUGAACGCGCUGAUCACGGCCGCCCUGCUAGACUACAGCACCACCGCUGAAAUGAACUCUGCCAUCUCCGCCGCGGUGGCCAUCACAGCCGCCCUGGUGCCGGUGAUGCUCAGCAACGCGCCGGCCUGGAGCGCGAACCCGCCCACCUGGGAGCUGCUCAAGGGCACCAACGUGCUGCGGAACCUGCGCUUCGCGGGCCCGCUGCUGGCCAGCCUGCAGAACAACACGGACACGCUGGAAAUCGACUGCGACAGCUACGAAAAGGCUGAAACAUACACUCAGGCCGAGGUGAACUCUGUGGUGGCGGGGGCUAUCGAUGCCUUGAAUGUAACGCAGUACAGGACCGAGGCACAAGUCUCCACGGCCAUCUCAGACGCGUUGGUGCCUUAUUACACCAGCGCGGAAGUGGACGCCGGGAUUGCCGCCAACGGCUUCGACGGCAGCCACCA